AAAAGGUCAUGUUUAGAUUGGGGAAAGCGAUUUGAGAUUAUUUACGGAAUUGCUCGAGGGAUCUUAUAUCUUUAUCAAGACUCAAGAUUAAGAAUUAUCCAUAGAGAUUUAAAGGCCAACAAUGUUCUACUUGACAAUGCAUUGAAUCUAAAAAUUUCAGAUUUUUGUAUGGCUAGAAUUGUUGGAGGAGACCAAAUUGAAGCUAAUACAAAUUGCGUUGUUGGAACAUAGUAAGUAUGGUAGAAAACAAAGAUAUACUUUUUUAACUGAUUUCUUGACUACCAUUUUUACAUCUAAGGAGAGUCCAAACUACUAGCCUUUGUAAGAAAAAAAAAUAUUAAGGAUAUCUCUAUAAUUCGUUUUCAUAUUGUGUUACUUCAAAUUUUACAUGUAAGUUAGUGCCCAAAGGGCUAUCUUUGAUCAUUUUAUGUUGAGGUUCAAUAUCUUCCUUUUCAUUGUGCUAUGACUGUGGUUAUAUGUCACCUGAGUAUGCAAUGCAAGGACUAUUUUCAAUAAAGUCUGAUGUAUAUAGCUUUGGGGUAUUGCUGCUAGAGAUCAUUACUGGCAAAAAGAACAGUACUUAUCAUCAUGAUGGUCCUUCCUUAAAUUUGAUUGGACAUGUUUGGGACCUAUGGAGAGAAGACAAUUCCAUGAAAAUAGUUGACCCAUUACCAGAUGAGACAUACCCUGCUAAUGAAGUUUCAAGAUGCAUUCAAAUUGGACUUUUGUGCGUGCAAGAACAUGCAACAGACCGACCAACCAUGGCAACUGUUGUUUUCAUGUUGGGUAAUGACACUCAUCUUCCUUCUCCAAAAUGACCUACAUUUAUUUUGAUGGGUAUGUACAAUAGUACAGACAGAUCAACUAGUGUAGCAUCUAUUUCUAUAAAUGAAAUAACAUUUUCUAAAAUUGACGAUUGUUGAAACCCCAAACUAUUUGUGGCAAGUGUACAAAUAUUCCAUUUCAACAUAGGAUUGAGUUACUCUAAGUCUACUCCAUAUUAUAAUUUUUUUAUUUUGUAUGAACAA